AUGUCUGCUAGUGUGGAUUUGACUUUUGGACUGUUGCUGUUUUCUUUUGCAUUGCUCUGUAGCUCCUGUCCUCCUCAAUGUAGCUGCUUCUACCACAAACUGAGUGAUGGUUCCAAAUCAAGGAGCAUCCUGUGCAAUGACCAGAAACUCACUGACGUCCCAAAGAACUUUCCUUCGGACACCUCUAAACUCCGCAUCGAGAAAACAGGGAUCAGCCACAUCACAGCUGACAGCUUUCAUUAUCUUAACAGCCUGGAGUACCUCUGGAUAUCCUUCAACUCACUCUCCUCGCUCAGCGUGGACAGUUUCCGUGGACUUUAUGCCUUGGAUGAAUUACGGAUGGAUGGAAAUCUUCUCAGUUCAUUUCCAUGGGAAUGUUUGAUGGACAUGCCCAGCCUUCGGCUUCUGGAUUUGCACAAUAAUAAGAUAAGCAGCAUCCCAGUGGAGGCGUCUUUGUACAUCAAAAACUUAACAUACCUGGAUCUUUCCAGCAACAGUCUGACUACCAUUCCGGCAGAAGUUCUUUCUUCAUGGUUCUCUCUGAAACCUCCUCAAGAUACAGAUAAUUCCAAAAUGAUUUUGGGUCUCCAUGACAACCCCUGGCUGUGUGACUGUCGUCUGUUUGACUUGGUACAGUUCCAGAAGUUUCCUUCAUCUUCAGUGGCGUUCAUCGAUACACGUUUGCGCUGCACUGAGCCAGAGAGCCUGUCUGGAGUUCCCUUCUCUGACACAGAGCUUCGCAAGUGUCAAUCUCCCCGGGUCCACACGGCAGUCGCCAGGGUCCGGAGCUCCCUCGGCAACAAUGUCCUGCUGCGCUGUGGGACCAUCGGAGUGCCCAUCCCAGAGCUGUCCUGGUCACGAGCUGAUGGCAAACCAAUGAAUGCCACUGUUCAACAGGAAAUUUCAAAAGAGGGCAUCAUCUGGUCCAUUCUCAGCGUUCCUGCUGUUUCAUAUCGAGAUUCAGGAAAAUAUGUCUGCAGAGCCUCCAAUUUUGUUGGGAGUGCAGACGCCAUCAUCUCACUCGUCAUUUCAGACACAUGGCAAAUAGAUGAAAUCGGCAAGAAAAACCACGGCAAAAAGAGUGGCGGAUUCGUGCGUGCCGCAUAUCAGGAGAAACUCAUUGCCAGAUACAUGCCACCAUCCACAACGUCAGUGGCGGUGCCCCUCGUUGAACCCUUCAAUGGACCAAAAGCCACAGCUUCCAUCCAGAUCGAAAGCUACAGCAUUUCUGAUGAGGCUUCAGAGGUGAAGGCCGGGGCAUCUCCUGCAGCUGCCGCCGUGCCGGACAACAGCCCAAACGAGUUGGAGAAAGAUGUGCUGAGUAACCUUGAUGCUAAUGCCUCUUCCCUUCAGCAAGGCCCAGAGCGCAGAGUGGUCCGCUCAGUUAAAGUUAUCGGCGACACAGACCAUGCUGUGUCGCUGAACUGGAGGGCACCCACCGCAACCAACACCACAUCAUUUAGCGUCUUGUAUGCUGUGUUUGGCGAGAGGGACAUGCGGCGCAUUAAUGUUGGGCCAGGAAAAAAUCGCAUCACGAUCGAAGGGCUGGUGCCCAAAACCAAGUACAUAGCAUGUGUGUGCGUGAAAGGUCUCAUUCCCAAGAAGGAGCAAUGUGUGAUUUUCUCAACGGAUGAAGCCGCCAGUGCCAGUGGCACGCAAAAGCUCAUUAAUGUUGUCGUGAUCACAGUUGCCUGCGUCAUCGCGGUUCCCCUGACGCUCAUUGUGUGCUGCGGGGCGCUAAAGAGGAGGCUACAAAAACUGAUGGGCAGGAAGUCCAAAGACAUUCAAGAUUCAUAUGUGACAUUUGAAACUCUUUCUCCAGGCACCAAAGCUAAAGGACUGGAGGGAGAGUAUCUGACCAGACUUAACCAGGAUGAAUCCAACCGCCUGCUGUCCACUCGUUCUAGCGUGGAUUCAGAGGCUACGGCCAGGACGGACGGGCAACCAAAUGAAUACUUCUGCUGAUGGACACAUUUCUCCCCACAGCUGUGAUGGUCUCACAGUGUGCCUAAUGCACUCUUGGCAUGGACUAAAGGAGACUUAAUUAAUGUGUGUUUUUAAGCAUCAAUGCAUAUCAGUGUCCUCUGCUAUGACAGGAUACAACCCACCUUUAGUUACAAUUCAGUCUUAAAAAGAGACAAAAAUGUAAUACAAGAAUGAAUGAAUGUCCUCUUUUGUUAUCUUGCACUGUUUAAAGAUAAUUUCCAUAAAUACUCUUGUCACAUGAGAAUUUUAAAAUUG